GCUACUAUCAGCUCAAGGUCUGGCGGAGGCAAGUGCAGCUGCCAGCCCUGUGCUGGUAUAAAGUAAGUGGUGCGGGGCCAGUCUGUACCUCCCUCGGGUUUCCAACUGAAAUGACUUUGCUGUGGGCACCUGCUGCUGCUUACCUAACCCUCCUUGGCACAGUCUUGGGCUGUGGGGUUCCUGCAAUUAGACCAAAUGUGAGGGACACAGAGCGAAUUGUCAAUGGAGAGAAUGCAAUAUCAGGCUCCUGGCCCUGGCAGGUGUCUCUGCAGACAAGCUCCGGCGCCCAUUUCUGUGGAGGCUCCCUGAUUAACGAGAACUGGGUCGUUACUGCUGCUCACUGUAACCUGAGCCCCUACUCACAUUAUGUUGUCCUUGGAGAAUACGAUCGAAGCUCCAACGCAGAGCCAGUCCAGGUGAAGUCAAUAGCCAAGGCCAUCACCCAUCCAUCCUGGGAUUCUAGAACCCUCAACAAUGACAUCACCCUGUUGAAGCUGUCCUCCCCUGCGCAGCUGAAUGCCCGCGUGUCUCCCGUCUGCCUGGCUUCUGCCACAGAGACGCUGCCCACAGGGCUGAAAUGCAUCACAACUGGCUGGGGACGGACUAGCAGCACUGCGAGUGGUUCAGCAAUCAAGUUGCAGCAGGUGGCUCUUCCCUUGGUGACGGUCAACCAGUGCCAGCAAUACUGGGGCAGUCGCAUCACCAGCUCCAUGGUAUGCGCCGGGGGUGCUGGUGCCUCCUCCUGUCAGGGUGAUUCUGGAGGCCCUCUUGUGUGCCUGAAAGGCUCAGUCUGGAACCUGAUUGGGAUAGUAUCCUGGGGCACCACCAACUGCAACGUCCGGACUCCUGCUGUCUAUACCCGCGUCUCCCAAUUUCGCACCUGGAUCGAACAAGUCAUCUCUAGAAACUGACCACUCCACUGCGGUGCUCAAAGCUGGAAUAAAGCCGGCAGGACUACUCCUGUUUAGGAAAAGUAUUGAAGAUCAGUAACACAAUUGAACCCAGAAGAAAUCUAAAGUCAAGUGUUUCACUCCAAAGAAAUAAAAAUGAAGGCUCUCUGUCAGGUUGGCUUGCCCUUCCCCUUGCAUACGAUUCCAAGGGUUUUAUUCAGAUUCCUACAACAUAACAGUUCUGAACUUCAUUCUAGCUGUGGUAGCAUUUUACAGCCAACAGAGGGAGCCAAGAGAUGGAUUCCCAUCUCAACGGUUUACGGCAAGACUUUUACAGAAAUAGUGGAAAUCUGUCCUGUACAUUUUGGCUAUUUAGCCCAGUCAGAAAACAAACACUGGGACAUAUUCACAUUGUACAAACUAUUAAAGCCUCUUUGUUCCUGGUGGACAGUAUCCUACUCUAAUAAUUCAAGCAAGGUUACCCACUUUCGUUUGGCACAGCAGAAUUAAACUGAACUCCAACGUUAAAAACGUA